AUCCCUGCGCUCCCGUAUUCACUGAAAUUAGAAAUACAAGGCCCUCCCCUCACACAGUCAGAAAAAGAAAAGGAGCAGCAGAAAAGAAAAUGGAGGACGGAGAGAUAGUGGAGUUAUUUGGGAUGGAAGAAGACUCGCAAGAGAAUAGCAAAUCUCCUUACGAACUGCUUCGAGAAACCAAAUCUUCAAUCCAACAAAUCGUCUCUCAGAUUCUCUCCGCCAAACAACACAACAACCCUAAGUCCCAUCUCCGUGAACUCACCACUCAAAUGUUCCUCAACUUCGUCACUCUCCGUCAGGCGAAUCGGAAUAUUUUGGUAGAAGAGGACAAAGUGAAAGCGGAGACUGAACGAGCAAAAGCGCCGGUUGAUUUCACCACACUGCAGCUUCAUAAUCUGAUGUAUGAGAAGAGUCACUAUGUCAAAGCUAUAAAAGCUUGUAAAGAUUUCAAAUCUAAAUAUCCUGAUAUUGAACUGGUUCCUGAAGAUGAAUUUACGCGUGAUGCUCCUCAGCAUAUUAAAGGACCUGUUUUAUCUGAUGAUUCUUCCCAUAACUUGAUGCUUAAACGACUCAAUUAUGAACUCCAUCAGCGAAAAGAAUUGUGCAAGCUUCAUGAGAAACUGGAACAAAGGAAGAAAAGUUUGAUGGAGACUAUUGCGAAUAGGAAGAAGUUCUUGUCCAGUUUACCGUCGCAUCUUAAGUCGCUUAAGAAAGCGUCUUUGCCUGUACAGAAUCAAUUAGGCAUUCUGCAUUCAAAGAAAUUAAAGCAGCAGAAUUCCGCGGAGUUACUUCCUCCUCCGCUUUAUGUGAUUUAUUCACAAUUUAUGGCACAAAAGGAAGCCUUUGGAGAAUGUCUUGAUUUGGAGAUUGUUGGAAGCUUGAAAGAUGCGCAAGCUUUUGCUCGACAACAAGCAAAUAAGGAUAUUGCUGGUACCGCUAAUGUGGAGAGUUCAAGGAUGGAGGACGAUGUACCUGAUGACGAAGAUGAUGGUCAAAGAAGGCGAAAACGUCCAAGGAGGGUUCCAAGCAAGGAAAAUUUGGACCAUACAGGAGUCUAUCAAACUCACCCACUUAAGAUCACACUUCACGUAUAUGAUGAUGAUGUUUCUGAUCCAAAGUCUUCAAAGCUUAUCACUUUGAAGUUUGAAUACUUGUUUAAGUUGAAUGUUGUUUGUGUUGGGGUUGAUGGGUCCCAUGAUGGACCCGACAAUAAUAUCUUAUGCAACUUAUUUCCAGAUGACACCGGUCUUGAGCACCCUCACCAGUCAGGAAAACUCUUUGUUGGAGAUACCCUUGCAUUUGCUGAAAUUCGAACAUCACGUCCAUAUAAGUGGGCCCAGCAUUUAGCAGGGAUUGAUUUCUUACCAGAGGUUGCGCCAUUGCUUAGUGGUCAUGAAAAUGUGAGCCCUGAAACAUCAAAAAAUGACAUUGUUGUAUCGGGUCUAUCGCUAUAUCGUCAACAGAAUCGUGUGCAAACUGUUGUGCAAAGGAUUCGUUCUCGGAAAAAGGCUCAGCUGGCUCUUAUGAAACAGCUUGAUUCACUUAUGCAGCUUAAGUGGCCAUAUUUGAAUUGUCGGAGUGUCCCAUGGGCUUUACAUACACCCUUGUGCAAUUUGGAUGAUUGGUCACCUACUGGGCCCCCACCUAAUCUUCCUCCAUCUGUUCCUGUCAUUGAUACUGAUCAAAUGCAGGAACCCAUGGAUGUUGAUGGCCACAGAAGAUCUGGUAAUUCAAAGGAAGAGCCUGAGAGUGCUAGAGAAGAUGGGGAGCUUCCUUCCUUGGUUGCUUCUGUUGUAAAUACUGUUAAGCUUACUUCUUCAAAAAAUUGUACUCUGGAACAUACUAAGCAGCUAUCUUUAAUUUCAAAGAGCAUCCUAUCACCCAUUAGUAAGGGAAAAUCACAAAGUUUUAAGAAACAUGAUGAGGAUUCAGAUCUCUUACUGGACAUUGAUAGUGAUGAGGAGGAUAUCGCACCACUUGAGCUUGAGGUAGAAGACGAAGCCUCUGGUCAAUGCCAUAAAAUGGCUGAAAAGCUUUGGGUGAAUUAUGGGGUUAAAGAAUUUUCUCUUGUUCUAUCGAGGAAUAUGAAUGACAAAGAGAGGAAUGUAAAAUUAGAAGCAAAGAUUAAAAUCAGCAUGGAGUAUCCUCUUAGACCUCCUCUUUUUGCUUUGAGCCUUUACUCUAUUGGAGAAAAGAAAGAUGUGGCUGAUGGCUCUGAGUGGUGCAAUGAACUCCGUGCCAUGGAAGCGGAGAUCAAUCUUCACGUGCUAAGAAUGUUACCAUUAGAUCAAGAAAACUAUACCAUAGCUCAUCAAGUGAGAUGUCUCGCAAUGUUAUUCGACUAUUUCAUGGAUGAAGCGUCCCCAUGUCAGAAAAUGACUACUUCUGUAGUUGAUGUUGGUUUGUGUAAGCCUGUAAUUGGUAGGCUUCUUGCGAGAGCGUUUAGAGGAAGAGACCACAGGAAGAUGAUAUCGUGGAAGGACAUGGAAUGCAUGUCUGGAUAUCCAAAUGAAGAGUAGAAAAUCCCGGGGGCGCACUAGUGACGUGCAUACAUCUCGGACACAAGAAGGAUACAUAAUUACUAAAAGGGUUCUACUUCAGCUGAUGGAUACGCUGCUACUGUGAAUUCAUGAUUUUUAGGGUUACAAUUUUGCCAGAGGUUGGUUCACUGUCAGCACGCAGUGGAAUCAAUCUAUUGCCAGUUUUUGGCCACCGUUGGUAGGGGAUUUCAUGCUGCGAAGAUGGGGAGUUUAAAGUCAUUCUUUUUAUGUUUUUAGACUAGGAUCUAAUCUUAAAACAACAUAUAAAUUGUGCUCUUCUAUUCUCAAGUUCUCAACUUCACCCUUAAUUAUGUCAAAGUUCAGAACUUUUUCUAA